AUGGAAUUAGAACCUAUUCAAGAAUUAGAUGAAGAAAACUAUGAAGAAGAUAUGGAUGAAAUGUCCAUGAUGUCUACUCUUCAGAGAUAUCUCACAAAUAUCAGUGAAAGCACAUACGAUGAACUUGAUUUGUACUUCCAUUCAAUUCCGUUAUCACAGAAUCCAGAUUUCUAUCAACUUGUUAUUGAUGAAAUCAUUAGUGCAUACUCAGUCAGACCUUGGAAUUUGAAACUGCUUGCAAAAUUAUGUUAUUCUAUGAAGGACCAUGAAGGAUUUAAAGAGAAUUUACUUGCAACUGUGUUCAAAGCAGAACUUGACUUCAGAAGAGUUGAAAAUAUGAUCACUCGUGUUUGCCUUCUCAGAGAAUGUUUCAAUUUAAGAUUGACUGACGUUAAAACGCUCGUUACAUGCCUAUCAAACUUCAAGCGCAACUAUUCAAACCUUCCAGAAGAACUUUUCAUUCUAUUUAUUUACUUUGCUCCAGAAAUUGAAAAGCAUUACAACGAAAUUUACAAAAAUUUGAUGGAAUACUUCCGUAUAUUACAUGCAAAUUGCAGAGUUCCACAAGCCUACCAAAUGUUUAAGAAUUUCGAGCAACUUAAAGAAAAUGAUUGGCAAGGUCUUCAUGAUUGCAUUGAAUUUGCAGGCACAAGCGAGAGUAUACAAUACGCAAUACGUCAUGACGAUCUUGAAAAGUUCAAAAAAGUCUGUCCAAACGUAAAUACUCGAAUUCCAAAGAGUGCUUUUGAACAAUGCGCAAUUUCACAAUUCGUCAUGGUUCCUCUUCAAUACGCUACGCUAUUCAACGCUACAAAGAUCGUUGAUUACAUACUUACUCAAAAUCCUGAUAUAUUAAACACAGGACCAAUCAGCAGCGGCGAUUUCUAUGAUGGCAGAGUCGAAGCUGUUUACGAUGGCAAGGAAAGUCCGGAGUACGAACAAAGCAUUGCCCUUGCAUUUGCUUAUAUCAGUAAUCCGAAGUUAGCAAUCCGCUACGAACAGAUGAAUUUCGGAAUGGCCGCUGUAACCAAAUACACAGCCGCCUUCAGAGCCAACUUUUCAGUUAAUUACGAAGAGACAGAUAAUUACGAAUGUCUUUUUGCAGCCGUUCGAAACAACAACCUCGAAGCAGUUGUCAGUUAUCACAACAGCGGCUGUGCCAUGGAUGUUCGGUCAGAUAAUAACAUGCUUCCUGAGCAUAUUGCCGCUAGUUUAGGACAUUCAUUUAUUUUGCAAGUUUUGAUGAGUUUCUCCGACCAAUCAAUUUUCAAUGUUGAUGACGAGGAAGAAGAAGAAGCUGAGCCAGGAAAAGGACCAACAUCUGAAGGUGAUUAUUUCGGAAGACUUCCAAUACAUCUUGCUUGCAUCGCAGGACAUUUCGAUGUCGUUCAAGUUCUUGCGAAAAUGAAUGUUGAUAUUAAUUCAGCUGAUAACAUGGGAAAGACAUGUUUGUUGUUGGCUGCUGCUUCUGGACAUACAGCAAUUGUUGACUUCCUUCUGAAACAAGGUGCUGAACCUAAUGCUAAAGACAGAGAGGGAUUUACACCUCUUUUGGCUGCAGCACAGAACGGAAGAACAGAUUGCGUUAGUUUGUUGGUUAAUUGGCCAAAUGUUGAUUGCACUGCAACUGCUGAGUUCGGAACAAACGCUUUGCAUAUCGCUGUACAAGGAAAUUAUUUAGAUGCAGCUGAAGAACUACUUAAGUCAAAGAAAUUCCCUCCAAACGGAAAGGAUAUGAUUGGAAGAACUCCAGCGGAUUUCGCAACUUCAAAAGAAAUGUUAGAUUUACUUGAUCGAUAUUCUCAAUAA